AUGACCUCCAUCACUCAGAACUUCCCUUGGUUCAUCCGUGACCCCGCAGUGGCUAUUGUUGGCGAGAAAUGUUACCGCUCGCUCGUCGAGGAACUUAAUGUCGGUGACAUUGACUGCCUCAAGUACGCGUUGUCCAAGGGCCUUGGAAUAGGGAUCGUUGUCGGGGGCUCCAUAAUGAAAGUUCCUCAGGUCCUCAUCAUCCUGAGGGCACGCUCAGCGCGUGGACUCUCCUUCACUGCUUACGUCCUCGAGACACUCUCCUACGCAAUCACACUAGUCUAUUCCUACAGGAACGACUUCCCAUUCUCAACCUAUGGGGAGAACUUCUUCCUCACUCUUCAAAACGCGCUCAUCACAGUCCUCAUGGCGUACUACCCUACCUCAACCAUGCACCGCGUCAAGACCAACGUGUCCUCUGCGAUGGUGACAUUGCUUGCUGUCCUCGCGGGUGGAUUCGCGUUGUACACGCUCCCACCAACGACCCUAGCGCUUCUCCAGCUUGCGACGACUCCACUCAGUGUUCUUUCUAAGCUGCCACAAAUCAUGACGAAUCACCGCGCACGCUCAACAGGCCAACUCUCCGCCUUCGCAGUCAUCUCGCAAAUCGCAGGUUGUCUCGCUCGUCUUUUCACAACAGCCACAGAAGUCGGCGACCCACUCCUCUUCCUCGCAUUCGCCACCGCACUCGCACUUAAUUGCGUUCUUGGGGCACAAAUGUGGAUGUACUGGGGUCGGGAUGCGGAGAGUAAGGGUGUAGACAUUGGUAGAGGCCCUCCGAUGGAGAAAGAUAGAGUCGAUAUUGUUAUACAGCCUGCGUCACCAGCGGGUCAACAACGCUUCGCAUCCCCUACCGGACGCCGUUGGUCUCGCAAGGUCGAUUAAACUAUGUGUUAAUCCACGUUCGCAUGUAAUAC